AGAAAGAAGAGUUGGAUAAGAUCCAAAACAAGAAGCUAAGCUAAGCUAAGCUAAGCUUAAAGGGUGUGGGGGGGUUUAUCCAGGGUUUCCAUUUGUCACACUCCACAUCUCUGCUCUACUGCUCCUCGCUUAACUACCCACACACAGUCCUAUCCCCUUUACUCCCCCACUCUUUCUAUACCAUGCAACGACUCUUCGCCGGUCUACUUCUCCGGCCAUGAGCUCCCAACCCAGAUGCCGCCUCUCCAGUUGUCACCGCCACCCCACCAGACCGAUCACCGGCUUCUGCGCCUCAUGCCUCCGAGAGCGUCUCGCUUCCAUCGACCCCGCCACCCGCCAUGAGAUCCCCACCACCUCAGCCGGCGCGUUGCUCCGCCGUAGCAAAUCUUUCUCCGCUGAGGGGUCCUCUGCUGCGGCAUCCGAGCCGCCGCGUCGUAGGUCUUGCGACGUUCGGGCCCGGAGCACGCUGUGGGAUCUGUUCAACGUCGAUGACGAGCGGAAGAGCCUGAAUAGGAGGUUCGAGUUGGAAUUGGGGGGACUAGGGUUUGAACUGCGGGAGGAGGACGAGAAUGAAAAUGAGAAUGAGAGCGAGAAUGAAAAUGAAAAUGAGAAUGAGAGCGAGAAUGAUGAUGUAGAAGAAAUUAGGGCUUCUGAGGACGUUAUUCCGGAUAUAAGCAAUGAACCAGAGAAUGGGAUCGUGGAGGAAGGGAUAGAGUUCAAGACGAUGAAAGAAUUCAUAGAUCUCGAAUGGCGGAGCAAGAAGAGUGGAGGAAAGGAUUUCAAGGACAUCGCUGCGAGCUUUUGUGAGGCGGCUUCAGUGUUCAGCAAGAAAUUGAGGAAAUGGCGGCAAAAGCAGAAGAUAAAGAAGCACAAUACUGGUAAUAGUGGUGGUAUCGUGGAGGCUGAGGAGCAGAGUGGGAGGCGGUGGAGGGAGACCCAAUCGGAGAUUGGGGAGUACAGAUUUGGGAGGAGAUCUUGCGAUACGGACCCAAGGUUUUCGGUGGAUGUGGCGAGGUAUUCGUUCGACGAGCCGAGGGCUUCCUGGGACGGGUAUUUUAUAGGGAAGGCGUAUCCGAGGCUUACGCGAAUGGUAUCCGUGGAGGAGAGGGUGAAUUUGGGGAAUGAGGAGGAGGAGAGGAGUCCCGGUGGUUCAGCUCAGACGAAGGAUUACUAUUCCGAAACUCCGUUUUCUCAGAGGCGGAGAAGGAGCUUCGAUCGCUCUAAUUCACAGAGGAGAGGGGGAAUAACCGAGUUUGAUGAGUUGAAAUUGACAUCCAAUGCAAAUGCAAAAGUGUCUCCGGAGAGCACGGAGUUAUUCUACGGGGCCAAGUUGCUGGUAGCAGAGCAAGACGGCUCGAGGGAUCGAAACUCAAAAUGCGUGAAAGACGUUAGCUUGGAGAAUGUUGAAUCUGUAUCGAAAGAUGCUGCUACUUCUGCGGCAGGUGGGAUUAAUCAAAAGGGUUUGAAGAAGUUGAACAAGUGGCACAAAAUGCGGAAUAUUUUUGGGUUGAAACGGAGGCAAAGCAAAAGUAAAUGUGGGGAUGAAGAAGCAGAGUAUGUUGGAGGUAAUGUGGUUGAUCGACAACUUGGAGAGUCUUGGCAGAAGCUGAGGAGGGUGGCCAAUGGAGAAGCAAAUGGGUCAGUGAGUCAGAAGCUUAUUCGCAGCUAUAGUGUUAGCUGUAGGAACUCCUGCAAAGUGGCUGGAUUGUUCAGUAAUUCGGGUGGUGCUGAAACCAAAAUCAGUGGUCUGAAGAGAAGAGAGGAGGUAAUGCUGCAGCACAGUAGGAGUGCAAGAUAUUCUCCAAACAACCUUGAUAACGGCUUGUUGAGGUUCUAUUUGACGCCAUUAAGGAGCUACAGGAGAAGUAAAUCUGGAAAGACUGGAAUAUGAGAGACUUUCAAUGAUGUAAUUUCGGCUCUAGAUAUCUUUGAAGUCACUGAUGGAUCAUGGUUUGGAAUGUGACAGUGGGACAGUGAAAUGCGUCCAAGUAAUUGUGCCAGUGACACUUUGAUUGAAGGAAUUGAAAAUCGUUCUGGAGCAAGAUCAGGUAACUACCUGGAAGUUUAUGACGACUGAUGUAAAUUAACUCUGAUCUUCGUCCUACUUAACCUGAGAAACUAAAUAUUUGAGAUUGUAGUAUUGAGUUUUAAAAGGUUAAGCCUGUCUACUUUAAACACUUCAAUAGAACUUUCUGAUGAUUGAA